CAUCUACCAGUAGUGCACACUUUAUUUCUCCUCUAAAAUGCAUAUCCCUUGAGCCAUUGGGUGGCUAAAGCUUAGCCUAGAACUGAGGAUUUGUCUAAGAGAGAAAAUCCCUGGCAAGGUUGGGGAAAAUAGGUCACAGUGGCUGGGCCGUGAGGUCACAGAGAGGUUUGUCCACCCCAGACUCCAUGGGGGAGGGGCCUAGGAGGCAGAGGGGCCCCAGAGGUCCCCCAAGCCCAGGCAGAGGACAUGGUGUGGGAAAGGCAGCAGGGACGGGGGCCAGGGAGCUGAGUACUGGGGGCCAAGGGGCCCAGAGAGAUGAGGGCAGGAGCAGGGCGGGAGUGGUCAGGAUGGUGAGGAGAAGCCAGAGACGGAAGCUGCAAAAAUUUACCGGGCUGUGCGGACAGGAGGAGGGGCUCAGGGUGAAGCGGAGCUGCCCUUCAUGUGGCCCAGAGCCUGGGGGUGAAGACAAGGGGAGAGGGAACCCUAUUUCGGUUCAGUUGUUCCCGCCAGAGCUGGUGGAGCAUAUCAUCUCAUUCCUCCCAGUCAGAGAUGUAGUCGCCCUAGGCCAGACCUGCCACUACUUCCGAGAAGUGUGCGACACUGAGGGCGUGUGGAGACGCAUCUGUCACAGGCUCAGUCCUCGCCUACGAGAACAGGGUUCUGGGGUCCGGCCGUGGAAGAGAGCUGCCAUUCUUAACUACACGAAGGGCCUGUAUUUCCAGGCAUUUGGGGGCCGCCGCCGCUGUCUCAGCAAGAGUGUAGCCCCCCUGCUAGCCCAUGGCUACCGCCGCUUUUUGCCCACCAAGGACCACGUCUUCAUUCUUGACUACGUGGGGACCCUCUUCUUCCUGAAAAACGCCCUGGUCUCCUCCACCCUUGGCCAGAUCCAGUGGAAGCGGGCCUGCCGCUAUGUUGUGUUGUGUCGCGGAGCCAAGGAUUUUGCCUCGGACCCAAGAUGUGACACAGUUUACCGUAAAUACCUCUAUGUAUUGGCCACUCGGGAGCAGCCGGGAGUGGCAGGCACAACCGGCAGCCGGGCCUGUGACUGUGUCGAGGUCUAUCUGCAGUCCAGUGGGCAGCGGGUCUUCAAGAUGACCUUCCACCACUCCAUGAGCUUCAAACAGAUUGUGCUGGUUGGUCAGGAGACCCAGCGGGCUCUACUGCUCCUCACAGAGGAAGGAAAGAUCUACUCUUUGGUAGUGAAUGAAACCCAGCUGGACCAGCCACGCUCCUACACAGUUCAGCUGGCCCUGAGGAAGGUGUCCCAUUGCCUGCCUCACCUGCGUGUGACCUGCAUGGCUUCCAACCAGAGCAGUACUGUCUACAUCACGGACCAGGGGGGAGUGUAUUUUGAGGUGCAUACGCCAGGGGUGUAUCGUGAUCUCUUUGGGACCCUUCAAGCCUUUGAUCCCCUGGACCAGCAGAUGCCGCUUGCUCUCUCACUGCCUGCCAAGGUCCUUUUCUGUGCUCUUGGCUAUAAUCACCUUGGCCUGGUAGAUGAAUUUGGCCGAAUCUUUAUGCAGGGAAAUAACAGAUAUGGGCAGCUGGGAACAGGGGACAAAAUGGACCGAGGGGAACCCACACAGGUACAUUAUCUGCAAUGCCCCAUUGCCCUGUGGUGCGGCCUCAACCACUCCCUGGUGCUGAGCCAGGGCUUGGACUUCAGCAAGGAGCUGCUGGGCUGCGGCUGUGGGGCUGGAGGCCGCCUCCCCGGCUGGCCUAAGGGGAGUGCCUCCUUCGUCAAGCUCCACAUCAAGGUCCCUUUGUGUGCCUGCUCCCUCUGCUCUACCAGAGAGUGCCUCUACAUGCUCUCUAGCCAUGACAUCGACCACCAUCCCGCCUAUCGGGACCUACCGGCCAGCAGGGUGGUGGGGACCCCCGAGUCCAGCCCGGGGGCUGGAGUACCCCAGGACCCCAGUGGGACAGCCCGGGCCUGUGAGGAGUACCUCAGCCAGAUCUAUAGUUGCUCCACGUGGCAAGACCGCAUGGAAAAGAUGAAGGAGAUCGUGGGCUGGAUGCCCUUGAUGGCUGCACAGAAGGAUUUCUUCUGGGAGGCCCUGGAUAUGCUGCAGAUGACUGCUGGAGGGGUUGGAGAAGGUCCCCCAACCCCUGAGAGCUGACCCCUCUUUCCUUAGAGGGAGAGUCUGGCCCUGGGCCAGGGGCUAAGGAGAGAUGGAGUGGUAGCAAUGAACACUGUGUGUGUGCAUGGGGAGGGGGCUGUAGCGGGGUGAGGACUGUUUUGUAAAAUGUUCAGAGGGCUGCCCAGGAGGGGCCCCCAACCUGACUAUCAUGGACAAGAGAUUUGAUGGACAAAUAGAAUAAAGGCUGAAAUGAG